UUAAAAAGCCAGCCAAAGACAACGAUAGUGCUACGAGAUGAUUCUAAACUUGGUUCUCUUCUAUGUGAUGGUCAUUGCCUUGCUUCUGAUGUACAUGGCGCCACCGACCGAGGGUUGUUUCAUAUUCUUGGCCUGCCUAUUGGACCCCUCACUCUGCGGCUUCAACACAACUUCAACUUGAUGUUUAUAAUGGCGAGCUUUAACCAUAUGGAAUAUACCAACAAAAUGAAAGUAAAAUAAAAACGAAAAUAAAUUAAACUAAGCAGCAGAA